UUAUUUCCAUUUGUAUUGUUAUUAAUUGGGUUGAUUUCUUUGUCUUUUUUGCCUUAUUCUUAGAUUUGUUUAUCUGUUUGUUUGUUUCUAACAUUUGCAAAGAGUUUUAAAAAAUAAUUUAAUUUGUAUUGGUUCGUUAGUUUUAUGAGUAAAUGAAGGUAAUUAAAGGGGUUGUUCAGUUCCAUGAAAAUACAAAAAAAACAUUUACGUUAACAAGAGGUCGUUAACAUUCAAAUCGUUAUCUUUCAACCCAUUGCCAAGGACAGAAUGAAUAAUUAGAAUUAUGAAAUUUUAACAACGCUGAAACAAGUUUAUUAUAAUAAAAACCAUCACACCCUCCCACCGCAGCUCCAGCCCUGCGUUCUUCAAUUUACAGUUGGAGCUUUUGAAUACGACCUUAAACAGAAUCUGGCCUGUAUGUUAGAAAGUGAAUUUGAAGAACUGAGUCUUCAUAUUGACAGAUUAUCUGAAGCUCUAAGAAGACGGCUUGAGGUUACUGAAAGUAUUCUUGAUGAUCCGAAGUACAACCAGAAAACAAGUUUUAGUUUUCAAAAUAACAAACAAACAAAUCCAACUAGAUACAACAAACAUACAAACAACCAUCAUAAGGCCAGCAACAACAACCCUUACCACAACAACAGCAACCCUUACCACAGCAACAGCAAUCCAACCGAUAACAGCAAGCAUCCAAUGUACAAUCAUAAAAAUAUACAUAAGCAUGAUGUUGAUGCAACUAAUGAAAAUAAUUAUAAGAUCAGGGAAGCCACGUACAAUCAUCAGAAUACAUCGUUUAAUAUCAAUUACAAUUUCAAUAGAUCUCCAGAAACAUACUUUGAAAAGAGUAUCAUCAACUAGUUGAGCACUUUUUGUGGAUAUAAUUACAUUUAUUUUGGAAAAUGAACAUUUUUAUAUUUUAUAUUUCUUGUUUAAAAACACACAUGAGAAACAGUUUGUAAAGUACUUUAUAAACUCUUGAAUCUUUUAAAGGAUAAAAAAGUUUCUUACAGUAAAACCCUAAAUAUUAAAUACAUCGAAAAAAUUUAUAAAAUGUCGUCUU